ACUCAGGAGACCACGAAGAUGAAGUUGGCGUCGGUGUGUAUAGUGCUGGUGAUGGCAGCGGCCUCCACCCUGGCCCUUCCUGGGGAUAUUGGAGGCAGUGGAGGAGGUUACAGUGGUGGCGGAGGAGGUGGUGGAGGCUUCGGUGGUGGUGGAGGAGGUAGUGGAAGCUACGGUGGUGGUGGAGGAGGUGGUGGAGGCUACGGUGGUGGUGGAGGCUACGGUGGUAGUGGAGGCGGUUACAGCGGAAAAGCAAGUGGAACAGCAACCAUCAACUUCAAUCUCGGAGCUCCAAUCGGAGGUUCUGGUGGAGGCUCCGGUGGAGGCUACGGCGGCGGUUCCAUCGGUGGAGGCUCCGGUGGUGGCUACGGCGGCGGUUCCAUCGGUGGAGGCUCCGGUGGAGGCUCUGGUGGUGGCUACGGCGGUGGUUCCAUCGGUGGAGGCUCCGGUGGUGGCUACGGUGGCGGUUCCAUCGGUGGAGGCUCCGGUGGUGGCUACGGCGGCGGUUCCAUCGGUGGAGGCUCCGGUGGAGGCUACGGCGGCGGUUCCAUCGGUGGAGGCUCCGGUGGUGGCUACGGCGGCGGUUCCAUCGGUGGAGGCUCCGGUGGAGGCUCCGGUGGUGGCUACGGCGGCGGUUCCAUCGGUGGGGGACAUGGUGGAGGCUCCGGUGGAGGCUACGGUGGCGGUUCCAUCGGUGGAGGCUCCGGUGGAGGCUACGGCGGCGGUUCCAUCGGUGGGGGCCAUGGUGGAGGCUCCGGUGGAGGCUACGGCGGCGGUUCCAUCGGUGGAGGCUCCGGUGGAGGCUCCGGUGGUGGCUAUGGCGGCGGUUCCAUCGGUGGGGGACAUGGUGGAGGCUCCGGUGGAGGCUACGGCGGCGGUUCCAUCGGUGGGGGACAUGGUGGAGGCUCCGGUGGAGGCUACGGUGGCGGUUCCAUCGGUGGAGGCUCCGGUGGAGGCUACGGCGGCGGUUCCAUCGGUGGAGGCUCCGGUGGUGGCUACGGCGGUGGUUCCAUCGGUGGGGGCCAUGGUGGAGGCUCCGGUGGAGGCUUCGGCGGCGGGUCCAUCGGUGGGGGCUCCGGUGGAGGCUACGGCGGCGGUUCCAUCGGUGGGGGCCAUAAUGGAGGCUCCGGCGGAGGCUACGGCGGCGGGUCCAUCGGUGGAGGCUCCGGUGGUGGCUACGGCGGCGGGUCCAUCGGUGGAGGCUCCAGCGGGUAUGGUCGCUAGGAUCAGUAGAACACAACAGAGAACCUGCAAGUGUCAGCGCAAACCAACACAAAAACACACACAUAAACAGUUAUGCUUUGAGUCUCAGGUACAGAGACGAACAUUGUAGAAGAAUGUACGAAAGUGUGUAAAUAAAUCAUUGUCUAUGCUUA